UGUUCCAGGCAUAUAUCACAAGCACCGGGCUGGGCUGCUCAGUGCCUGCUAGACCUCGAGAAGAGUUAGGACCUCCGGAGGCGCUCUCCGAGUUUCAUACUCUUGUCUCGCGAUCGUUUGGCACACUGCAAGCGCUACAUGGGCAAUCUGCUUUGUAAGUUUCGUCCCCCGCCCCGCCGCCGUCCCCUGCCAGGCCGAUGUCGCCCGCUGGUCUCUCCUGCCUGCUCAGCCUCCCAUCCUGUCCGGCACCACCCAGCUGCUCCGCCUGCUCCCGCACUUUCCCACUGCCCUGGGCACAGGCCAUUCCACCGGGAUCGUAGGCCUUUACCAGCUAGCUUUCAUGUGGAGCCCAAGAGACGGUAUCCGCUCCCUCAGGCCCUGUGUUCCCCUGUGGGCCUCCUCCCCUCGGUGAACUGGAGGCACCCUCCGAAAAAACCUGUACUGUCCGCCCGUACUUCCAUGAUGUUCGGACCCUCGAGAACUGUGAGGAUCCCUCCACCCCGGCAGAAAUUCACUGUCCUGCCUUCGCCACCCGAGCAGACAGUCGAGGCUGCGAAGCCGAAACCAUCUAGUUCCCUCCCCCGUUCCUGCCCAAAGGGGUUGGGGGAGAAGGUCCAAGAAGUGCCCAGAGAAGGGAAGGAAGAUUUUGGAGAGACCAGAGGGCAGGAUGAUGGCAACAGGGCCCCCCACAGCAGUGGGGAUAUACUGUUGACAUCCAGGCCCCUGGAGACCGGUGGACUGCUCCGAUCAGACCAAUGCAGCCCUGCACCUGGGGACCAAUCUCCCAGUCCCUCAGGAGACAGCUUGGGGGGAAACACUCAGAUACCUCGGGUGAGCUCCCCCUCGCCCCCAACAGAAAGACCUGUUGUCACCUCAGAGGGCCCAGCUGGUGACGUUGUUCCUCUUCGGAAGCCUGAUACAGAGGCAGCAGUGCUCUCCGACCCAACCCCAAGCUGCCCCUUGCUGCAGGGGAGAUUAACAAGGGAAGGGGUGGCUGAAAACCAUCAGCCUAGCCACAGCACACAAGACCUAUCCAGGAAGGUCAGAGAGGCGGCGGAUAAGCCUUCAGGCAUGCCAUCAGAGUACUCUUUGCCACCAGUAUCUGCCGCCAGUAGGCCCUCCAAGAGGAAAAUAUCCAUGCCACUUUUUGUGCCUCUGCCAUCAGCAAUGCCAUUACAGUGGGGCAGAGGAGAGUUGCCCCCACCUCCUAAGCUUCCUUGCAUAGCUAUUGACAAAAUCCUGGGCAUUUCGGACAAUACCGAGGGUCAGGGGAAGAGGAUCUUGGAGGGCGGAGCAGAGAUCCUGGCAGACGACGGGGCCACUCAACCUGCCCCUUCAUCCCCCCUACUUGCCUCAAAGACUACAGACUCCCUGCCCCCGGCCAUUCACACAUCACAGGUCCCUGUUCCUACCACCGACUUGGCUGACCAAUCUGCCAGGCCCCCAAUCCCAUCUGUCCCUCCACCCUCCCCAACAGAAAAUACUGAUCAGGAAACAGGACAUGGAGCUCCCAACUCUCCUACUCUUGCUGUUCCUCCUGGCUCUCCUCCCCCUGGGGAAAUUCCACUUAAGAACAAAGACCCUCUUCAACCAGUCAUCAAUACAACACCUACUUCUGACCCCCCGACUCCUCCUAACACCUCAACCGUCUCAUCACAGCUGCCCUCCUGCAAAGGAGAAUCCCCAAGUCCUAUGUGUGUCGACUCCCCCACUCUUUUCCCACCCACCCCUCUUCCAGUCCCUUCCCCAAACAGUCCUGGUAUUUUCGUUGUGGCUGUCACAACUCAGCCAGUUUCUUCCGCUGUCACAGCAAAGGCAUCGGCAAAUUUGACGUCUGGCCAUACUUCCAACUCUGAUGUCACUGACAUGGACACGACUCCUCCGUCUCAAGCUAUCACUUUCAGCUCUCCCCCAGGCCCCGGGGUGAGCUCUUCUUCAUCAUCCCAGGGCCAUUGCAAUAGGAUGCCGAAGCACCCUCAAAAGGCUCUUUCCUCUACCAUCCCAUCACAACUGAUGGCCGCCUGCCCCAACAUCACCCCUCAGCCCACACAAGGGACACUUGCUGGGCAACAGCAGACAGCCGUUCUCCCCAGUGCUGGUGUUUCCACUGGCUUACUGGUGAAUCCUGGAACCACCACCGUUCCAGUAGGCAGCACCUCUGCAAACUGCAGCCAUUGCUCUAACCCUGAUGCGAUGGAUACCACACCUCCCUCGCAGGCCGUUGUCUUUCAUUCUCUGCCUCAGCCCAAGGCAAACCACCGGCCAUUCUACAACACACCACCCAGUAGCAGCCACACCACCAAUUUAUCUGCCAGGUCAACCAUCACACGAAUAUCGAUUCCUAUCCUCUCUGCCCCAGGAAUCACCUCUCAGCCCGUAUCUGGGAACCAAAAUGGGCAGCAGUUGGGAAACCAGCUGGGAAAACCAGUAGCCCCAACACGAGCCACAGGCCCAACUGCCUCUAUCGCCCAACCAUCCAAAGAUGGCAGAAAGCAACCGGGUCUUGCAGCCUCUGCAUUUGGCACCACUGUCAAAAAGCAGAAGGCCUUUGGUUCCAAGACGGGUAUUCUCCCCGAUGGCAUAUCUACUGCUAGUGCCCGUGCAGUUGCCGCUGGGAUACGCAGUGCCAGGGUCAGUGGCUCCCUGAUUACACUUUCUACUUUAGCCCCCCAUGUGUCAAUAGGACCUGCAGCCCCCAUGGAUGGUGGGAGCUUUGGGUCUGGUGUGUCUAUCCCAGGCCCCGCUCACUCACAGGUACCCGGAACAUCCAAACUUGGGGCAGGACUGCAGGGGGCACCCAGCACCACUCCUGCUCCUCCUUUUGGUCAGACAACUCCAGCCGUGCCUCAGAACAUUAUGGCUGCUGCUGCAGGAGGGGCAAGUACUGUCACUUUAAACCCGGUUACCUGGGGCCAACCCGUCCAAAAUGUGGGUGGUGCAGUAGUGGGAAACCGCAAUACAGUUUCCACUGUUGGAGGCGCUGGUGGGCCCAGUACCUUAAGUGUACUUCUCCAGGUGGAAAACCAAAAACCAAAAGCCAACGCGCCCAAAGCAGGGGUAGUCCGAUGA